UUCACUAAAACUUUGGGUUGCAUGGUUUCAUAAUUUGAUAUGUCAGUGUAAUAGCGUCAAGAGACAUGCGUGCAUAGGGCAGAUUUAUCGCGUUAAUCUUGAACCAAAACAUGAAAAUGUGCAGAAACGUAAUUGUAGAAUCUUUCGUGAAUCCUGAUGUUAAAUCUUUGCCUUUGCAUAUAGACCGCGGGUUAAGACGCCUAGCUGCCUCGGCGUUAACUCCGGCGCGUGUGCCAGUCUUUUCAAGUUAUAAAGCUUCUGAACAUGCGUGCAUAAACACUAUAGUUCAUAUCAAUUUAGAAAUGUGGCGAACCCAAAUGUUGUUCGAGAUUCAGACAACACAUCGUACUUUAAAACUAUAGAAGUUCAAGAGUGUGUAAUGUGUUUACGAAUAUACUGAGCUAAAUUGUUCACACUGGUUGUCGUCAGUGAUGUCUAGACUCUUUGUGAUGUUCCGUCUGAAAAUUGUUGUUGCAAUGUAUGUUUACUUUAAUAUAAUUUCCCCAGAAAUCAAGCUAGUUUCAGCUCAAAUAUGCCAGUAUAACCAUUACUUCUGUUGGCCGGUGUAAUCCAAUUCAGAUUGAACGAACAUAGCUAUUAUUUUAUUGCAUGAUUAAAUAACAUAUAAACUUACAAAAUCGGACUGAUCGUUUUAUGAACGGCUUCAUACAAUUAAAAUUGCUUUUGUAUGCAUGUACUUCUAGUAUAUUCCUCUUAUGCCAGACUGAUUUCUUUGCAAAGCUAUUGUACUUAAGUCAUUAUAUAAUAUAACAUAACAUAUUAAAUUUUAUAUGAAUCGAGUUCAAAUGGGCAUGAAAUUGCUCUAUGGCACUCUUACGUAUGCAAGAGCCUGAAUCAUAAACAUAUCCUAUUCCACCAACAUAGUGGGACAUGCAGGUGGUGUAAAAACCAAAUGUGGUAAACACAAACAGGUUUAGAUAUGGAGAUACUACAUCGAACGACUCUUCUACGCCGGUCAGCCAGUGCUAUAUAGAACAGUGUCAAAAGUCUGAAGAAAUAAAAGGUAUUGUUUAUAAGUUCAAAUGCCCGGGCUGUGCAUUUAAAUAUGUUGGCGAGAGCAAAGGAUCAAGAAAAUCCCGUCGGACAGAACACAAAACCAGGUGUUAUACCGAAAAUCCAAUCUGUAAGUAAAGAUCAUGCAGAAAGCACACGGGGCAUAAUAUGAUGAAAGAUAACGUAAGAAUUUUAGAGAAAAGAAUACACAACUUAUCAGAGCGAACAAUUCUUGAGGGUGUCUUGAAAAGGCAAUACUAAUUUUAACAUUCAAAUAUAUUCACUUUGUGAGCUACGGACCACUAGCGCAUAGCCAUACUGAGCGAGGCAGAUUAACAUGCACUUAAAUAACUUUUCCACUUCAGCUUUUGGUGACUGAAGAAUCUUACUUGCAUUGGCUACAUUGUUUAUUCAGUACAAACAUGAAUUGUUUGAAGAUUGGUGUCUUUGCUUGUAUACUGAUUCAGGUUUUGUUAAAUGAGGCUGAAGGUGGAUGUGAAAUACUUCAAUCCUUAGUCGAGAAAUGUUCAGCAAAUCAAGAAAGAACAUACCGAGUUGCUCUGCAGUUUUGCGAUGGCAAGUACUGGAUUUUUAAGAAACCAAAUUACACAGCUGAAACAGGCACGAGCUGUCUUGAUAUAAAAAAGAGAGGUUUGAGUCGCGGAGACGGAGAAUAUUUGAUUGACCCGGACGGAGAUGGCGCUGGUAAACCAUUUCAAGUAUACUGUGAUAUGACCUCGUUUGGUGGAGGAUGGACAAUGUGUUACACGACAGACAGUCAUGUUAAUAUCAAAACUGAACUUGUCACCACACCUGCUCUUGGCUAUCGUGCAGAUUGUAAUAACAUACCGUUCACUGAAGUGAUAUUUGUUGAUGAAAAAUCCAAACAAAAAGCAGCUUUUAAAAAAAGUGGUUCACCUGUGACAUUCAAUGGAAAUUACAAUAAGCUGGCAAAUGCUUAUGGCUUGUGGACGGCGCAAGGUGUGGCCACAACGCAGUACAAAUACCAAAUGUUGAUAUGUGACUCAGCGUUCUACAAGGGACUGCACGUCUCCGGGUUCACCAAAAACUGCUACAAACGGUGCUAUUACUGGUGUGGUGACAAAACUCCUGUCUACUUCCGCACCAGUUGUUUCUCAAGCCAAGGUUGCAACGGUGUUGCAUUCAACGAGAAUGGUCACAAACCGUUGCCAAACCGCCUCAUCAGCGCAGGAAUUCGUUAACAUGAUAAUUUGCGAUCGACGGACUAUUUGAAACCGAAUUAAAUUUGAAUUUAAUAAGUUAAUUACGUGAUGUAAUUUGUAGUGUAAACUUGUGAACUGAGUUAUUUGAAGAACCUCGACAGUUGACUUGUUUUGUGUU